AUGGCUCGAGUCCUCCUCACUGGCGGUAACGGAUUCCUUGGAAGCCAUGUUCUUGGUCUCCUCUUGGAUCGAGGAUAUUCAGUCGUAGCCACUGUCCGCAGUCACGAGAAGGCUGAGCAGAUCCGUGAAUGCCACCAUCUACAUGCAUCUACCACUCAGCUACGAGUUAUCAUCGUUCCUGACUUUACGAGCGCUGGUGCUUUUGAUGAAUGUUUCAAAACCGACGCGCCCUUCGAUAUGGUCAUCCAUACUGCGUCUCCCUUUCGCUACUCGAUAACCGAUAUUCAGCGAGAACUCUUGGAUCCUGCAAUCGGUGGGACUAUUGCGUUGCUGGAAGCAGUUCGGAAAAGUGCACCAUCUGUUAAGAAAGUGAUCGUCACAUCUUCUUUCGCAUCGAUCAUCAACAGCUAUAAGGGGAACAGUUGGGUCGAUCAUGUUUAUUCCGAAGAAGAUUGGAACCCAAUUGCCCUUUCGGACGCUCAUUUAAAUCCUCUCAACGGAUACAGAGCAAGCAAGACUUUUGCCGAGCGAGCAUGUUGGGAGUUUCUUGAGAGAGAGAACCCACCUUUCUCUCUGGUUACGUUAUGUCCAACAUUGAUGUUUGGCCCAGUGAUACACCCACUGCGCAACCACGACGAACUCAACACGUCGAACCAGCGGAUCCGAAAUUUUAUGGUAGGCGAAUAUAAAGCUGAAAUCCCUGACACAGGAACAUCGUUCUUCCUCUGGAUAGAUGUUCGUGACGCCGCCUUGGCCCAUAUAAGAGCGAUGGAAGCUCCAGGAGUCGCGAAUAAAAGAUUCUUAUUGACAGCUGGUUACUUCUCAAACAAGGAGAUCUGUGAAGUCAUCCGAGAAUCCUUCUCGGAGUACAGACCGCAACUCCCAGAACAAAACACGGGUGGUGGUGGGUAUCCCCCCGGAGGACUUUACAGGUUUGACAACUCCCAAGCAACAGAGAAGCUUGGCUUGACAUAUCGGACACUGUCCUCGAGCAUUACUGAGACUGUGAUAUCGUUACAAAAAUUACAAAAAUAG